GGAUUGUGGGUUGGAUGUUAGCUUGUUCUACAAGCCAAAAUAUGUCGCACUGUUGACUUUUGUGCUUCAUUCUUUCGGUGCAGAGAAUGAGGUGCUGGAGGAUGCUAAACAAGGCCACUAUAAGGAGCAUCUGUAUGAUAGCAGACACCUCAAGAACUCACACUCCAGACGCAAGAGAAGCAUUGAGGAAGCAGUGCCCGCCGUCUGUAAGACUCGCACAGUGAUCUACGAGAUCCCACGCAGUCAGGUCGAUCCCACGGCCGCCAACUUCCUGAUCUGGCCUCCGUGUGUGGAGGUGAGACGAUGCUCAGGCUGCUGCAACACCAGCAACAUGCGCUGUCACCCAUCCAAAAAGCACCACAGGACCGUGAAGGCUGAAAGACACAGCCAAUAG